UUGUGUUGUCUUGCGGACGUCCAACAGAUGAACGCUCGUCAAGAAGAACGUCCCCUUCAGCAGCAGGAGGAUCCACAGCCCCCCCACAUUAAAGAGGAAGAGGAGGAAGUGUGGAUCAGUCAGGAGGGAGAGUGUCCUGUAGGGCAGGAGGAGGCUGAUGUCAGCAAGUUUCCACCGACUGUUGUCUCUGUGAAGACUGAAGAGCAUGAAGACAAACCACCUGAGUCCUCACAGCUUCAUCACAGUCCAAACGUCUGUGAAAAAUAUCGCCCACCUGAGCAGCAGGAGGGGUCCUCCAGUAUGGAGCAGAGGAGGUCACAGUACCUCCACGUGAAAGAAGAGGAGCCACAGCCCCCUCACUUUGAAGAUGAAGAAAAACAGCGGCUGUACCCCCACUUCAUAGAGGAAGACAAGAGACACCUCAUCAGUGUGAAGAGUCAAGGUGAUGAGGUCAAAGGUGAAAGUGAGGAGAAAAGAGAGGCGGAGCCUCCAAGCAGCAGUUUAGCAGAAUGUGAUGGAGACCACUGUGGAGGAUCACAAGCAGACAAGCUCUUAGCUCCACUAUCAGAUAGUGAGGACACAACGUCACACUCUCCUGACACUGAUGAUGAAGACUCUAAAGAUGAUAAGACAUGUCACACUGACAACACUCACUUCACAUGUUCUACCUGUGACUACACAAAAAGUAAUAAAGACAAUUAAUAGAAUGGAUUAUAGAGACCCAACAAAUGAUUCAUAAAGUCACACAUUUUAAAAGUAAAUGAUCUUGUAUAAAAGACAACUGCUCAAAUGAUGUAUAAAGUAAAUAAUAAUAUGCUUCCUGAAGUGGUCCAGAAGAUGUUUCAGAUGUGAACCAGUAAAUAUGAACUAAGAGGGAUUUAUGUGUACUCAAAAGCAAAGGUAUGAACACAUGUAAAACAAAUAUGUACAUCAUAUAAAGGAGUUCAUCUAUGGAAUCAUCUACAAUAACAAAAUAAAAUAUGAAACACAUCAUUCUUCAAAAAACAUAUAAAACACUAUUAUGAAUAAGUAUAGAGGUAAAUUAUGGAUAUUUACACAUACAAUAUUUAUUGUAUGUAACAUAAUUGUAUGUACUGUUUAUUCGCACCCUUUCAGUCAAA